AUGUCCAGUCUUCCAUCCAAAACACAAUACUUGACUGCUGCUGAAGACGAUCGACCGCGACAAGGUCCAGAAGCUCAGAUGACGAACGAGGAUAUCACUGAGCUUGAUCGCUUCCUUCAGUCACACGGGACAACUCCCGCUUCGCAACUUACGGGAGCGCGCGAACUACUAAAGGCCGGCCAGCGGCGUCUCCGGCAACUGGCACAGCUCCAAUGGAAACCAACGGACCCCAAGAUCAAAGCCGAAGAGGCGUCCCGUCAUCUUCUCACCCUCCAGCAAGAGGGGUUUCUCAGUCUGCCAGCUCCAGCUGCCAAGAAAUCUGGCCCCAAGAAAAGCCUUGACUCGACGAUGCCGGGCUCGAGAUCCGCGUCAAACUUUAGCUUCCGAUCCACCUCUCAGCGAGACGUCGAAAAAAUUGGUCAGCCAUGGCUUGAAAAUCCACUCGAAGUGUCGGAUACACAACAGCUCAGAGGCCCCGAGCCGUCGCCAUUAGAUCUCGGCAAUCUAACGUCCCUGGUUGAGGCGGCAGUGUCUUUCCCACUUCACUUUGAUGACCCUCACCCACCGCCAUACCAGCCGCCGGCCAACACGACCAGCGACGGGCAGAUUGAUGGUCAGGAUUCUCGUCAUGUCCACGGUGCAGCUUGCCAGCUUGAGCCCAAGGAGCAGCGAAUGGAAGAUCAAGAUGGUCCAUCCCUAGCAAUCACUGAACAGGUUCUCACGAAUGACAAAGGUCAUAUCCCUCCCAUCCUAAUUCCGGGAAAUGGUGGAGCGUGUGAUGACCCCAAAAAUGGCAAAACUCAGGCACUGGAUUCUGCUGAGAAUCAGAACAACUCUGCACAAUUACCGGAACUCUCGACGUCAAAAGCAAAAGCUGUUCCUCGAGAUCCGCCCAUUCCGGUCACUCAGUCUUUGAAGCUCUUCCCUGACACGAUGCCCCCGCGUGUUUCAAGCAAGGGAGCUUGGCGCAUCCCGAACAAUCGAAUAGCAGGCAAAGAUGCGCCAGUUUCUGCCAAUACCUCCAGCAAGCAGCUGAUUCAUGCGCCUGCCGCCUUGAAAACAAAGACAGACAACCUCAAAAAUUUAGCCAAAGUUCCAUCGGAAUUUCAGGGCGAGUCUGAAAGAUCGUACCACUCAGGCAAGUUAUCAACAACGCGGCCCAGAAAACCCAGUAGCGAGCCAGCCAGGAGUCCAAUACAUCCAGAAUUUCCACAGUCGAACAAUAUACAUCGUCCUGCCUCGUUACCGAUGGGCACCAUAGACUCAUUUCCUCUGCCAGCGCCCAUGAGACCUCUGCCCUCACUACCCGAAUCGACCCCGGCUCUCAACACUGCCCGUCACCACAGCACCCCGAUCAGCAAAGCAGCAACUCGGAUCAAUAGCAACCACUCGGACGCUUUUCCAACCACUACUUCUAAGAACCCCUCAGACGCCGAAGAUGGUCGGUCGAAUACACAAUCUGCACUCCCUCGGUCGAGGUUGGUUGGGAAGAGCACACCCGCUGGCGAGCAGCGCAACUCUGUCAAGGAGACGGCGUCCAAUCAGCCAGAGUCCGUUGUGAAAGUGGAACGAAAUCGGGCGGAGAGUGUGCGUGCACUCAAGUUGAGAGACGUGAUGGCAAGUCGUAUCUACCUCGAAGGGCCAGAAACUCCUCGUGGGACGAGAAAGGGCAAUGAAAUCAAUUCACCAGUAUCUCCAAAGAGCUCUGGGCCCGGUCAUGAAAUGAGAAAUCGCAACGAGAACAGGCCUCGAAAAAAUGCAUCAAUCCGAAAGGAAGCAACUUCAUCUGCUCCUUUGUCGCCUCCUCUUUCCCCACUUCCCCCUCCACCGUUCAGCAGGCGGUAUGGCAGCUCGCCCACAGAUAUCAUGAGAGCAUCGACGGAGAGGAGAGAGCCAUCGUCUCUCCCCGCCUCCAACCGAAGCUCCACGUUGUACCGAAGUAACAGCACGCGGAGCACCGGUGUCCUUCACGAAUUGGCUUCUAGUGAACAGAACAUUUCAGACCGGGCCGGGUCUCCUCUCCCUUCAUCGGAUGAUGAGUGCAUGGAUAGAGGUGCAUUCAAGUAUGAGCUACGCCAAGGAACCAGCAGACGUCGACGAACGAAGGUAGUCACAAGAAACUCGAGCGACCUGUGUCUGAACAGACAACGUAACCCGAAGAAGUCUGGAAUCCCGGAUUAUGUCGGACCCUUGACGCCGCGAAGGCAAAAAAGCCGGGUUCUGGAGGAAACGUCCCCACCGACGCUGGACUCAUCGAAUUCGUACCAUUCUCGCGACCCUCGCGAUAGGCGUGACAAAUCUGCACACGCUCUCAAUUCUCUUGAAGGGCGCAUUGAACAGCUCGAGCGCCAGAACCGGAUCCUUCAGGCAGCCCUUUUUGCGGCUUUGGACGUGGGUGUCAAACACAAUAUGGAAGCCCUGCUUGGGGGGUCAACGACAUCGCUGUCCGCCUCUGCAAGUUCUUCAGGUGCGGAAAAGUCUUCUUCGUCCUCGACUGAUCGAUCUUCCAGGCUGUCUGGUCGCGCAGUAGUAAAUGGAAGACACUCGGGCAUGAAGAAACCCCUUCGCCGCCCGGAAAGCUGGAUUGACAGUCCCGGCUCCAGUCUGCGAAGCGAUUAUCAGACAGAUGACAGUGGCAGUGUCAGAGAGCUUGAGGACAUGAUCGAAGACCUUGAAUUCACUUGGUCAUCGGACAAGCCAGGUUCCAAUAGGGUGGCGAAUUGUCGCAUUUAA